CUUUCAAGAUGUUUAUUGUUCGUUGAGCAGCGGAGGAAAACUAUUAACAAAAUGUCUUUGACGCCGAGCACUCGACGCAUUUUUUUCAUACUUGCACUUUUCAAUUUGUUGGACCAAUAUUAUUGCUCUGAGUUUGUGAAUAAAAGUCAGGAUUCCCUGCUGGCUGAGGCUCAAAUAAAAAUCCUUUUACUGACUCUCUUGGGUCUUGGCCUUCUGAUUCUUUUGGGCUUAUUGGGUGAGUUUAUGAUUACCAUUCCGUUGACCAACGCUCACGGAGCGGAGAUUUCCGAUUUCCUCCGGUCAGGAUGUAUCUGUUGUUUCUUCCGGAUUCCGGAGGAAAUGCCACCGACAUCCGAUGGCCUCGAUGUCUACGCCCCGCGAACCCAAAGCAUCGUAUGGCCCACUUUGCCCCAGGAGACGGCCCACAUCCUGGAGAUGACCUUCAUUCACACCACCAAGGUCGGCUGCCUAUGCUCCGAUUGUCGCAUCGCCAGGAACUCACUGUGCAUCGAAAGCUGUGGGGUCAUCACGCAGUAUUUAAGGAGCCUACAAAUUACUGCCUUUCUUCUAGGAAAUAAUAUAAAAUCAUUGCAUUGGAACAAUCGUCGGAACACCAUGAUUCUGUUCGCCCAAAGAAACACAGCCAGGUGGAUCUUUCUGAUGGUCACCUCGAUUUGCCAUGCUCACCUGGUCCUCCAAGCCGAUGACAACUUCACAGACAAUGACUGGCAAAAUGAAACGCAGCUGUUCGAAAUGUUUGAGUACGACAACCAAAGCGAAAAUUACACUACUGAGAAUUACGCGGAAUCCGAUAUGGAAACGACAGAGGUGCUGGAAAACUCUAGCAUUGGACAAAAGGCUGACAAAAGUGGCAACAAUGCCAAAAUUGAAUUUCCAUUUGAAGAGUUGCGACAACAUCGGCACUAUGCCCGUUUUGUCUUCAUGGUUUUGCUUUUACACAUUGCCGUUGUGGGAGUUGGCAUAACUGUCUACUGCUGUGUGUUCUGCAACGUGAGGACCUGGAAAAGGCGAACGAGGUUAGAGGCACAUCGACGUCUGCAAAUGACUAGCCUGCAGUCCCCGCACAUUCCCAAUGACCGCGAUUGCCCGUGCAAAGGAUGCAUUUUGGCCAGGGAAAUGCUGCAGAGUUUAAUCAUGCAGCAACUGCAAGAACUGGCCGAAUGCUGACCCAGAAUGCCCUUUUGGGAAGAAUUUAUUUGCAAAAAUAUAUGAGAACAAAUCCCAUGCAUGAAUUUGGCAGCUGAAUGCAACUAUCGAAUGACAUUGAUGCUGAUAAAAGGGAGCAGAUAUCCGUAAUUUGUG